GACUGCCCAGACGAUGACCUCCGUAGCUUCGGCCGCUUCCAUCCAUGACAAUCACUCCGAACGAUCACGAGCUCCUUCGCAAACCAGCGAUCGAGCGUCACACACGCAACAUCAACAGCAAACAGACCCCACAGCCAAUACUCAGGAGGAAGAGGACCAGGAUAGUGGACCAUCCGAGGUUCCACCGGCACUUCCACUGAUGGAUCCACUCGGAUCGCGGGAGAUCUCACACGAAAGCAUCCACAUGCUCUGCUCCAGACACGCAUCCAGGGACGACGCAAUGAGUGUACACAGCCACAAUAGCCACCAUACCGGGAUGAUGGACUGUGGACUUCAGGUCAACGAGGAUGAGAUAGCGAAGGCUAUGAAAGGUGAACAUCCGCUGAGUGCCCUCAGCCACGGUGAACUGUCCAUCGUAUCGAGCUUCAACGUAGGAGGUGGAGAUGUGUUCAGCGAUUGUGUUAUCGGCGAGAGUAUGAGAAGCCAAUUCGAUCAACUGGCGCGAUUGCGCGAGAUCUUCACCUCCCAGCUGGCCAUGGCCGAGGUAACGCCCUCGUUCCGACUCGGUGAUACGAGUAGCGUGUACAGCGAACCAGCGUAUCGCUUCAACGCCGGUCCGGGCAGUGUUUGCAGUGAACCAGCGUACCGUCCUCCCAGUCCACGGUGCCGUGACUGUCGCCAAUCGCUCACCAUGUCCCGAACGCCCAGCCAAAGCUCACUGCCCAGUCUAACGGGGAUAGUGGCGAUCGCCGGUAUGGAGCAGUAUGCAUCGCUUCGCCAUCCAGACGGAGCAUCGGAUCCAAAUUUGCCAAAACUGGAGAAAGCCAACGAUGAGUUGGCACAACCGGGGCUCCACGAUCACGACGACAGCAUGACGAUCCACAUCCGAGAGAAUCCACUAGCAGAGCUUCACCAUUGUGGUGAUGAGGAGGCCGAUGGGAGUCAGUUGAAAGCAAGUUCCGCGCUGCUUCCACCACAAAACCUUCCUGCCCUCCCUUUACUUCCCAUCUCGACACCCGAAGCGUACGAUAGUGGCCACGAUUCGACGCCUCGUACCUCGAAACACUCGGGAAUUUCACGACGAGCGGAAAGUGGUUACCACAGUGUUGGGACGGUGCGCGAUAGUGAUGAGUCAAGCUUCGGAUCGGCCGCAUCCCGAGCACACCAAAAGUCCGGUGCCGUCGGUAAGAAGCGUCAUCGGCCGGACAACAAAUCCCUGUGCCACUGGCUGCGGAAUCCCUUCAACUGCACCUACCCCGAUACGGAGGGGGAAGUGAGCGACUUCUAAUGAUCGCUUCCCGAAGCGUCCGGAUCGCUGCUUUAGCUAAUUUUAUCAGUUCCAAACUCGAAUAUUCUGUUUU